AUGUCGUUCGCACCGCCUCCCGGCCCUCCGCCGCCUUCCGUCCCAGACGGGUGGAAGCCUCAGUUUGAUGACAGAUAUAAGCAAUGGUACUUCGUAAACCUGCGCACAGGCAAAUCCCAAUGGGAACACCCAGAAGCCCUAGCCCAGAAACAAGAGGAGCUGCAUGAACCUCCCAGCGUGCCGCCGCCAUCAUACGAGGAAUCCGGCGCAGGGGACUCCGCAGGGGACUCCGCAGCGGGUGCGAGUGACAAAAAGGGAGGCCUUGGCUCCAAUAACCCCUACAACCAAGAAAAGGACAAGGAGGAUCUGGUGGAGAGCGAUGCGAGGCUAGCUGCGCGGUUACAGGCCGAGGAGAAUGCUCGCUCCGGGACGCAAAGCCCAGCAGUACAGCCGGGUGCGGCUGCUGAUUAUUACAGUGAUGGGUCGCAUGCGCAAUCGCCGGGUCCUUCGUCGGCGCAGAACUUGGCGCCCCAGGAUACAGGUCGGGGGAAUAAAACGCGCAGUAGGAGUUUCUUGAGCAGGUUGAUGGGGAAGGCGAAGCCGAGCAGUGGGAGCAGUGGUAACCCUUUUGGAGGAGUGUACAGCAGGCCACCUCCACCGCCGCCGCAGUCAUAUGGGUACCCGCCGAGUGGCUAUUAUGGAGGUUAUGCGCAACCACAGGUAGGAGGGUAUGGUUAUUCUCAGUACCCGAUUCAGGGUGGGUAUGCGCAGCCCCAACGGCGACAUGGUGGCAUGGGAAAUGCAGGUGCGGCAGCGCUAGGUGUCGGUGGUGGGUUGCUCGGUGGCGCUUUGCUGGCGGAAGCGUUUGAUGGAGGUGACAAUACUUAUAUCGAAAACAACUAUGGUGGUGACGAUGGAGGAGAUUAUGGUGGCGGCGGCGAUGAUUUUGGUGGUGGUGAUUUUGGCGACUUCUAG